GCGAGAACAGUGGUGGAAAGAGUACCGACGAUAUCCAUCUCCCUUUCUUUGGAAAAAAUUCAAAGCUACCGCCAUCCUCGUCGUCCAUUCUCAAACAGGACUCGUUCGAACUGUCAGCGGACGAGGUACGCCUCAAGACAGCGCUGACCGAYUAUAUAAACCGACACGAAAUGGGGGACGACAAUAUCGAUGAAGACGAAGAGCGUCAUUUGUURGAAAAUCUACAACGAGCAUACAUGAGCCUGGAAUACUGGGAAGAGGCCCUACAAAUCGAAGCCUUCAAGUGUCAUAUGUAUUUUGUCGAGGAAACUGACGAAUACGCCGACUCGGUUCACGCUCAGGGAAAAUUCUAUUUGCGACAAGAAGAUUUUGUUAAUUCCAAAAAUCUCUACGAAGAAGCUCUGGAGUAUUUCGAACGAACGGACAAUUCUGUCCAACGAGGACACGUACUAAUCUCUCUGGCCGGAUGGUAUUUUUUCCGGAACCAACUCGAUGAGUCCCUAGAUUGUUUGGAGCAGUCAGAAUCCAUGCUGGAUUCCAAUCCAGCAUUGUUGUACAAGUGUCUGGACAAUCAAGGUCUAAUCUAUCGGCUAUGGGGGGAAUUUCAUGUUGCUCUCGACAAGUACCAGCAGGCAUUGCAAGUGGUAUCAGUCGACGAYAUCGACACGCGAUCGGCUCUGAAAAUGCACAUUGCGGAUAUGCAUUUGGCGCUCGACGAAAGCAACGAGGCCUUGAAUGUAUACCAGGAUCUUUUGAUCGAACUGUCAGCAUCGACGCCAACAUCGACGAACCCCGACCAACAACGUUUGGGUAUGCGGGGCGUAUUGCUUCACAGCAUCGCUACAAUCCACGCCGACCAGGGGGAACACGAACUGGCGCUGACCGAAUUUCGAGAAGCGCUGGCAACRAAGCAGUCGGCCGGRGGCGAAAACAAUCCCGAGGUGGCGAAGACACUAAACUCGCUCGGGGCGUUGCAUGCCGGAGUCUUUGACGAGAAGCACGUUGCCCUCGAAUACUUUCAACAGGCAUUGCUCAUUGCUCGAAUCCACGCAGAGGAUGGGGAAAAUGCCGUAAACGACCCAGAUGUUGCGAAUGCCCUGCAAAAUAUAUCCAUCAUUAAACAAGAACUAGCCGGAGGACGGCAAUCGUAAACCAAUAAAAUUUUAGCCCCACA